AUAACAGCAUUAUAUCGAGUAAGACAACGUCCUUCAGAAAUGUGUUAAGUUCUGUUCAUGAACUUUCAGUAACAGAAUUUGUAAAAUCUACCACCAUGAGAACCACCCUAAGAAUAAAUACUAAUCAUAAUACAGUAUUGGAAUAGGACUGGAGAGAGACUGUUUGGUUUAGAACUAAAUUUUUAGGCCAAGAUUUAGAUUUAGAUGUGGCAGUCCAGAAUCUCAGGAGACUACUUCCACCCACAGUAGAAAACGUGCAAUGUGUUUGACUUGGAAGAAACACCAUAUGGAUAUAUUAGAAUCUAGUGACUUGAACUUGUUUUCUUACCUUCCUCUGAGAAAUUUGCAGGUGUUAGACUUGGGGUUCUCUUUUUUCUCCUUGUUUAGUUGUUUUUUUUUUUCUCUGGCUGCUGCGGAUUGGACAUAUUCUCAGGCAAAUGUAUUAAUUAUCGGAUGACUUCCCUAACAGUACCUGUCUGUUUGGUUUUUAGUGACUGUAUUUGAAUAAUUGGGUUGACUUUCUGUUGCUCCCAGUACAUAGCCUCAAGUCUAUUGUUGUGCCUACACCUCUCUUUCAUUUAAACUCGAGUACAGACACGACCUGAAGAUCCAGUUCUGUAAGAUGCUCGGAACCAUGUCAGCGCGAUUACUCUCAUGCGGACCACACAAGAGAAAACCAGAUGGUGGCCUGCAGGAUAAAAAUGUGUUGUUUCUUUUUCUUGUCAAAGAAUGAAGAUGGAGGUUCGCUAGCCGCUUCAUUUUCCUCGAGGUUCAGGAACAUAUGUCCUCCUCUAUGGCAUUUUAUUUGACAGUGGAUUGUCUUACAGGAUAUGCUGUAAUGAAAGCAUGGCUGUGGCCAAGCCUGUGAUGUGUAUAUUAGAUGGGCUUGAUUUAGGUGCAGUGACAGGAUUUUCUCUCUUUAUUCUGCUGCACUGAUUAGCUCCAUCGAGUCUGGAGGGCCCCAGCUGUAACAGCAGCUUAGUCAAUGGAUCGGGGAGAAAUGGUAAAAUCUAUAAGCAUGUUUUCACAUCUCCCUGCUAGGGUAGUUUUCUGACAGCGUAUUCGUGGGUGUUUGAUCCAGUCUGACUUCCAGUGGUUCCAGCAGUGGGGAAUCCGCGGCUCAGGUUCCGUCAACCAACUCUGAAGCUUUCUCAAAAGCAAAUUCUCUUAAAUUUCAAAACACCAGAACCAAUUUUAAAACCAGCUGCUAUUUCAGUAUAGACAAGACCCUGGGGACCAGGACUUUUGUUAUCACUCUGCUCUGAGGAGGCCUCUCUGCUUUUGUGGUUACAAAAGAGAUUGCGGAUCCUGAGGCACCACGUAGUAACUCCCUUUUUCUUUCAGACAGGUUAGACGUGGACUGAAAUAUUUCGGGUAACUUUCCCAGUAAAAAUAUUUCUAAGAACAGUAUUCACUGAAAGGGGCAGCAAAUGUUGAUACAGUUGAAGCAUGUUGAGUUGUAAACAUUAGGAAGAAAAUGGAACAAGAAUUUGGAUGUUAACUUAAACACAAAAUGUGUCUAAUUUGUUUCUAAUCAAAACAAAACUCCUUCUCUGACAGGGAAUGGAUUAUGAAAUAAAGCUUAUUUCCCUAUGAGUGCCUAAGUCAUGCAGCCAGCUUGCGGGGGCAUUCAGAGACAGUUGGCAAGAUAAGAUGCUUCAGGAGAGAUGCAGAAUUCAGCGUGCAGUUUCCAUGAGGGAAUGCAGAAUGGCAGCAGCUCAGGGAGUGAACGUAAAGGCCAUAUAAGGGAAGUGAAUGAACUGCUGUAGAGAUGCCAUUAGCAAAGUAAACACUGACUUGGGGACCUCGGCAUAUACCAUGGAAGAGAUAAAUUGCGUGAAUAAAUGCAUACUUGUUUGCUUCUCCCUGGCUUUACAAAGCCAGUUUUAACUGAGAAACAGUUUACAUGUGUGAAACAGAAGUUUUUCCACAGUCAUUUUAAUGCCAAGCAAUUUCUACCCAUGUCUAAUCCCAACGCAUGCCUAAAUUAGACACAUUUAUCACAGUUUCAUUACAACCGAGGCCCUUGGCUAAGGAAAGAAUGUCAGACCAGGUCUUUAGACAAUUGUGGAUUCAAUAACAGUACUUGAUUCUUCUCUUUCUUUACACCAAGAGCGCAGUUCAAAUGUCACAAUGUUAGCUUAGUGUCCCUGUCAUUUCAGGUGUUGGUAAAAAGGACAGCAGGAGGUAAAACACCUGACUGAGCCAUGUGAAGGCACGAGAGCAGUAAAUGAAGUGUCUACACUUAUCAAGAAGUGCAUAGCUCCUUGCAGAAGUGGAGACCGGAGAGCCGGCGCACUCUCUGGGAGGAGGCUUGGCACCAGGCAGAAAGCUGAUUUGAAGGCAGGGUGCUAGAAUGGCACACUGCAAAGCAGGCUCCAGCUCUCCGUCUUUGGAAAGUCACGCUAGCUCCCUUUCGGUCAGCCACCUCGUGGGUACAUCCACAGUCAUGUUUUGUUGUGGAUCAAGGGCACGCUUUCAGAGUGAAUCUCCAGAUCAUCCUCACCUACCACAGUCUGGUUUACCCAGCAGUGGUGAGUACCCAAAGUGGAUGCAGAUGGCACUAAAGCAGAAGACAAGGUGCCAGAAUUGCAUCUGAUGCGUUCUGAGCGCUCACGAGGCACUCAGUCCAUAGACCCAGGCUGGGGUGAAUCUGAAGAAAAAGAUAUGGAAACACGUGAACAUCAUUCAGGUCCUCGGCACCAACAGAUCGGAUGAGAAUGAUCCAUGUUACUUGCUAAUACAGAUGUAUACUAGGUGGACGUAGCCUAGAGGUGGUCAGGGGCCAUGGCUGUUUUGGGGGGAAGCCUUCAUUGUCUUCCUUGUGAAGGACAUUAUUGCAUACAUUCUAGCACUCAGCCUAUAUUUAACCUACUUCUUUGAUUCAAAGCAUUUUUCUUUAAAGAAUACACUUGAAAUGUUAGGAUGGAAAACUCGAUCUUGCUAGAUACUUUCCAAUCCAUUUUUUAUCCCUUGAGAAAAUACGCAUUUUCAGUAGUGUUCUGAUUUUAAGACUUUGCAUUAUGGGGAAAAAAUGGAAAGUCUUAUUUAAAAGAAAUCCAAUAAAGUGGCUUUGUAAUUUAAUUCUGAACAUGACUGUUGUUACUAUUAAAUGGUGUAAACACAGACCGAGUGCAAUAAACUUCACUUCCAUUUAGCAUUAAUAAUAUUAAUGAUCGGUACUUAAAUCACAUGCCAUGUUCCAGGACUGUAAAAGAAACAUUACCAAAGAGAUUUUGCAUGUCUGGUGCUGACAUAAUUUAAACCUGGCAUAAAAUUGUCUUCUGUCUGAAGGAAUUUAUUCAAGCUGCAGGGCGGAGAGGAAGAAGCAGAAUAGGAAAUCUCUCUUGCUCCCAGAGGCUCUGUGUGCACCAUCCCUCCCCGCUCCCAAAGGGCAACCCCUCCCCAAAACUUUUCCACUUAAAGACACUCUGCGAAAGGACUGGAGCUCCCGUCUCUCCGCUUGACCUAACCCAGCCGGGAUGAGCUGCUUGGUACUCUGGUCACAUUUACUCUCGCUGUAGACCAGCUCCCGAACUGUUGCGAUCAAAAUGCUGGAUCAGCAGCUCGCAUUUGGACACACACGCACACACACUUCUUAUCACACGCACACCAUCAGGAGAUUAGCCCGUAUUUCCCCAUGUAAGGGCUGCAGCCUCCCCCCUUUGCCUCUAACGUUCCUCUCCCGCCGUCUUUUCCCUCUUCUCCUCGCCUACCCUUUCCACCCCUCCGUCCCUGCUUCCACCGCCCCACGCACCCCGCAGGCAGCCGCGGAGCCGCGGCGGGCGCAGCGGAGCCCGGCGGCGCCUCCGCAUCGCUGCCCCCCGCACCCGGACCGACUCGGCCCCGGGCGGGCUCGGGGAGCCGGGACCCACCGCUCCGGCCCCCGGGAGCCGGAACCCACCGGCCCAUCCCCGGGAGGGCUCGGGGAGCCGGAACCCACCGCUCCGGCCCACGGGAACCGAGACCCACCGGCCCAUCCCCGGGAGGACUCGGGGAGCCGCGACCCACCCCCGCUCCUACCCCUCGGAGCAGAGACCCCCCGGGAAGGCUCGGGGACGCGCCCCGCUUCGCCCGUCCGCCGCUCCCCCCGCCGCCGCCCGGCCCCUCGCCCCCGGCCCCGUCCGCGGCCCCGCAACUGCGCCGUCCGCGGCGGGUCCCGCCCGGGGAGGCGGUGGCGGGGGAAGGGGGAGGAGAGGCGGCGGAGUGCAUUGCCUCCCGAGGAAUCAAACGGGGGGAGAGAGAGGAACGUGCGGAGGAAGGGAGGGAGGGAGGAAGGGAGGGAGGGAAGGACGGGCCGGGCUAGGGAGGGUCCCGGUCCCGGUCCCGCCCGCCUCGGAGCGCCCGCGUCGCCUCCGCGCCGGGACCGCGGGGAGAGUCGCUUGGGGCGGCCGCCACCCGCCGGCCCCGCGCACCGGUUCCGCGCCCAUGUGCUCCCGGCAGCCGCGGCGGGCAGCCCCCGCGCCCGGCGUGUCAGGACCUUUGUCUUCAUGAUGGGAGGAAACAUCCCCCUGUCUGUUAGGAUCCAAGCUUCUCCCAGCGCGAGGAUUUGUCAAGGCUGAGAGACUCUGGAUUAUCCAUAAACCUCCUCUGAAAUAUACAGCUGCUUUUCUGUCUCCCCAUCGCGAGGGGUCUUGGA